AUGGCUGCCACACUCUCCACCACCACCGACAACAACAAUAAUCACCACCAUACCAACGAAGCAGAGAACGGUCGGCCGGGGUUACGGAGCAGGCGGACAUCCAACACCAACCAAGAACGACCACAUCAUCUACGGCAACAUCAUGAACAGCAUCAACAUCAACAACAACCAUCAUCGCCAACAUCUCCAGCCACAUCCUCGCGGUGGUCUGGGUCUCGCCCUCGCCCUCGCUCCUCGCUCGUCAGUCAUCCGGGUGUUCCCAACAGCAACCGGCCCAAAUCUGUGCACAUUUCAGCGGAGGAGUACAAGGCCAUCAGCGAACUCGUCGAGCUCGCCAAGGGCUUGCUAGAGAAGCAUCAAACCGGCAACGACGACAACGUCUCACCCUCGUCAACCCGGAACAGCACCAGCACCAGCACCAGCACCAGCACCAGCAGCGGCGACUCUCUCGACAUCUCGAAGCCUCCGAAGCGGGAUGGCCCCCUCGACCCCUUUGGCGCCAACUUCGACGCCCGGGAGUGGGCCAAGUCCUUCUACCGCCUCCGCUCCGAAAGCUGCGAGGUGCGCAAGGCAGGUGUGGCGUUCCGCAGGCUGAGCGUCUCAGGCCAUGGGUCCGACACGGCGUUCCAGACGACCGUCGGCAACGCGUGGUGGCUCCAGGCCAUGGCCGGCGUGCGUGGGCUGUUGCGUUUGAAGCGUCCGCAGGAGGUGCGCAUCCUGCAGGGCCUCGAGGGGGUCCUCAAGGACGGCGAGAUGCUCUGCGUGCUAGGCCCGCCGGGCAGCGGGUGCUCGACCUUUCUACGGACAAUCUCGGGGAACACGAGUGGCACGCAGGUGGCGGACGACACAUAUCUCAACUACCGCGGCGUGAGCGCCGACGAGAUGAGGCGCUACUUCCGGGGCGACGCCAUCUACACGGCCGAGGAGGACGUCCACUUCCCCGUGCUCUCGGUGGCCGACACGCUCUUCUUCGCCGCGCGCGCGAGGGCGCCCAAGACGCCGCCAGGCGGGCUCACGACGGACGAGUACGCGCGGCGGGUGCGCGACGUGACCAUGGCCAUGCUGGGCAUCUCGCACACGCUCGAGACGCCCGUCGGCGGCACCGACGGCGACACGGCGCGCGGCGUGUCGGGCGGCGAGCGCAAGCGCGUGAGCAUCGCCGAGGCGGCGCUGAGCUUCGCGCCGCUACAGUGCUGGGACAACAGCACGCGCGGGCUCGACAGCGGCACCACGGUCGACUUCUGCAGGACCCUGCGCGUUCAGAGCGACAUGAUGGGCAUGGCGAGCGCCGUCGCCAUCUACCAGGCGCCCCAGGAGGCCUACGAGCUCUUCGACAAGGUCCUUGUCCUCUAUGAAGGGCGGCAGAUCUACUUUGGCCCGACGGCCCAGGCCAAGGCCUACUUCCAGCGCCUGGGCUUCGUCUGCCCGGGGAACCAGACGACCCCAGACUUCCUGACGUCCAUGACCAGCCCGGCCGAGCGUGGACGGGAGGGCGUCAUCAAGCCCGGAUACGAGGCCAAGGUGCCGCAUACGCCGGACGAGUUUGCCGAGGCGUGGAGGACGAGUAGCCACCGUCGCCGGCUCGAACAGGAGCUGGACGCGUACGAGGCAAGCUUCGGCCUCUCCGGCUCCGGCUCCGGCUCCGGCUCCGGCUCGCGGACCCACUACGCCGAGUUCCUGGCGAGCAAGACGAGCGACCAGUCGUCUCUACAGCGGUGGAAGUCGCCCUACACCCUCUCGUACCCGCGGCAGGUCUCGCUGUGCCUGUGGCGCUCUCUCGCGCUGCUCAAGGCCGCGCCGCAGAUGACGGUGACGAUGCUCGUCGUCAACCUCUUCCAGACCGUCAUCGUCGCCAGCCUCUUCUACCGGCUGUCCGAGACGGCCGAGUCCAUGAAGUCCCGCAGCACGCUGCUGUUCACGGCCGCGCUGGUCAACGCCUUCGUCUGCAUCCUCGAGGUGUCGGCCCUGUUCGCCAAGCGGGCCAUCGUCGAGAAGCAUGUCCGCUACGCCCUCUAUCACGCCUCGGCCGACGCCAUCGCUGACCUGGCUAUGAGUCUGCCGUUCAAGUUACUCAACGCCAUCACCGUCAACACCGUCUUCUACUGGAUGUGCAAUAUGCGCAAGGGGGGCGGCCCCUUUGUCUUCUUCGUGCUGGUCCAGUUCGCCAUGACUCUCGCCCUGAGCCUGUUCUUCCGCCUUGUCGCUUCGGCGGCCAAGAGUCAAGCGACAGCCAUGGCCCCGGCGACGACGGUGCUGCUCACGCUGGCCUUGUAUACGGGCUUCGCCGUCCCGCCCAUGUACUACAGGUCGUAUGCCUCGUGGAUUGCCAAGCUGAAUCCCGUCGCGUAUGGGUUCGAGGCCCUCAUGAUCAACGAGUUUGGCAACGGGCGAAAGUUCCCUUGCAAAGUCUUUGUUCCGUCUGGCCCGGCCUAUGAUGCGGGCACGGCGAUGGCGAUGCCGCAGACGCGCGUGUGUGCCGCGCAGGGGGCUGCCCCAGGCGCCAACUUCGUCGACGGGAGCGCCUACAUCACCGGUGCCUUUGGCUAUCUGGACAGCCACCGGUGGCGGAACGUCGGCAUCAUCUUCGCCUUCGCGGUGGUGUAUCUUGUGCUGCACCUCAUUGUCACGGAGCUGGUGAGCAGCGAAAAGAGCCACGGCGAGGUGCUCGUUUUCCCCAAGGGCAAAGUCCCAGCGAGGCGGGCAAAGGGAGACGACGUGGAGGACCGUCUCACCAAAGGGAGAACGGAGACACCGAGCAUGACUAUGAGCAACUCCAUGGCUUCUCCUCUGUCCGUCAAGCCUCUUGCGCCUGUCUUGAAGACGAACAAAAGCGAGAAUUGGGAGAGUGAAAUUGCUGGCAUGUACACUGGUGAAGGGGGUUCUCCAACGACUAUUAGGACUGAAGGAGUGUACAGUACCACUGCCAACACCAAGCCUCUUCCUCCCUCUCCUCUUUCUCCUGCUCCCGGCACAACCAAGUCCUGGAACUGGCCGCAGGACCGAGGCAGGUCAGGUGAGCAUGGCCAUGACCAUGAUCAGUCCGGGCUGGGGAUCGACCGUCAGACGGCCAUCUUCCACUGGAGCAACGUCUGCUACGACGUCAAGCUCAAGAAGAAGGAGACGAAGAGAAUCCUAGACUGCGUGGACGGGUGGUGCGAGCCGGGGACGCUCACUGCGCUCAUGGGCGUCUCGGGCGCCGGCAAGACGACGCUCCUCGACGCCCUCGCCUCGCGCCUGUCGACCGGCGUCGUGACGGGCGAGAUGCUUGUCGACGGGGCCCCACGCGACGCAUCCUUCCAGCAGAAGACGGGCUACGUCAAGCAGCAGGACCAGCACCUCGUCACGUCGACGGUACGCGAGGCCCUCACCUUCAGCGCCGUCCUCCGCCAGCCGGCCCGCUUCUCCCAAGAGGAAAAGAUGGCCUACGUCGACAAGGUCAUCGACAUCCUCGGCAUGGGGGAAUACGCCGACGCCGUCGUCGGCGUGCCCGGCGAGGGUCUGAACGUCGAACAGCGCAAGAGGCUGACCAUUGGUGUCGAGCUGGCCGCCCGUCCUGCCCUACUUCUGUUCCUGGACGAGCCCACCUCGGGCUUGGAUUCGCAGACGAGCUUCUCCAUCUGCUCUCUACUCGAGACCUUGAAGCAGAAUGGCCAGGCUAUUCUGUGUACGAUUCAUCAGCCAUCGGCGGUUCUCUUUGAGCGGUUCGACAGGCUUCUCCUCCUCGCCCCCGGCGGACGAACCGUCUACUUUGGCCAGAUCGGACGCAACGCAAACGUCCUUGUCGACUACUUCAUUCGUAACGGCGGCCCGCGGCCCGCAAAGGGGAAGAACCCGGCCGAGUACAUUCUAGAACAAGUCCGGGCUGGCGGAAAGCAGAAAAAGGGCCUUGACUGGCCCGGCAUCUGGCGGCAGAGCCCCGAGUACAACGACGUCAAGGCCCACCUGGCCCGACUGAAGGAAGAAGCCGGCGGGAGGGCGAGGCGGAGGAGGACGGCGUCGUCGAUGACGACGCAACAGGAGCAGGAUCCUCCUUUCGCCGCUCCCUUCUGCACACAGCUCUCCGAGGUGACGAGGCGUGUGGCCCUACACUACUGGCGCACCCCGAGUUAUGUCUACGCAAAGAUGCUGUUGACCUUUGGCGCCGCCCUCUUCAUCGGCCUCUCGCUGCUCAACCUGCCCAACACGCAGGUCGGCAUCACCAUCCAAACCAUCGCCAUCUUCAUGUUCCUCACGACGCACUUCAACCUGAUGCUGCAGAUCCUGCCCGUCUUCGUCGCCCAACGCACCCUCUACGAGGGCCGCGAGCAGCCCUCGCGCACUUACUCGUGGGCUGCCUUCAUGGCCGGCCAGAUGGCCGUUGAGAUGCUCUACAACGCCCUCAUGGCCCCGCCGGCGUUCCUGGCAUGGUACUAUCUUGUCGGGCUCUACCGCAACGCCGCCGAGACCAAUGACACGGCCUCGCGCGGCGGAUUGGCCUUCCUGUUCAUGCUCGCCUUCUUCCUGCAAGCCAGCACCUUUGCGCACAUGAUUGCCGCCGCCCUGGACCUCGCCGACCAGGCCGCCGGCAUCGGCAACCUCUUCUUCGUCAUCAUGUUCAUCUUCAACGGCAUCCUCGCGACGCCGCCCACCUUCUGGACGUGGGUGUACCGCGUCAACCCCAUCACCUACCUCGUCGAGGGCCUGCUGGGCACUGGGCUCGCCAAUGCCGGCAUCCACUGCGCCGACAACGAGUUCCUGCACAUGAACCCGCCGCCCGGCCAGACGUGCGGCCAAUACCUGCAGACCUUUAUCGCCCAGGCCGGCGGAUACCUUGCCGACCCGGCUGCCACCGCCGACUGCCGCUACUGCACGACGAGCAACACGAACGAGGUGCUGGCUGGCGUCCGCGUCCGUUUUGACAACCGCUGGCGCGACCUGGGCAUCCUGUUCAUGUACGUCUUCUUCAACGCCGUGGCUGCCUUUGCUCUGUACUGGACCCGUGUGCCCAAGCCCAGAAGAGACGAAGAUGGCACAUCAUCACCGUCACCGUCAUCAUCAUCAUCGCCAUCGUCGGGCCAGGAUGGCAGCGGCAACACGAACCCUCUUGCAGAAACUUGGAACCGUCUCACGGGGAAGGGCAAAGUCAAGGGAGGGCAUGGCGGUGCUGGCGAGCCCUCGCCACAGCUUCCCUGGACCGAGGAAAAACGGACCGACACGUCCUUGAGCGGCCACACCUUGCAUGACACGCAGACCGGGAAAGUACCGGGACCGCCUCGGUCCUCCGCCAACGGCAGCAUGCAGUUGCUCGGGGGCAGUGGCAGGAGGUACUGGGACGAUGAAGAAAGCAAUGCUAGCAACGUCCAAGCACUGGGCAACCAAGUAGAGAAUAAAGAGCAGCAGGGAAGUGGGUUGCGGGAUUUGAGUGUGGGCGAAGAGGGGGAUCAGGACAUCUACUUCAUCAUGCAAAGGCCACCCACGACUCCUCAACACUGGAUUUGA